CACUUCAUAUCACAUUUUUGAUAACAACGGACGCAAUUAUGUCAAAACAAAUGAACGCAGUUAUGCAAGUGUUGCUAUUGGUAAUGGUGGUGCCGGCUAUCGCAACGUGAAAUAUGAAUUUGACAUUUCUAGAGCCCCGAACCCGCAUAAUCGGGGGCCGCCCACUCCCCAUCACCGCCAUCCCCUACCAACUCAGUCUCCGCCUCAACUCGCGCCACAUUUGCGGCGCUGCAAUCGUUAGCCCCACCCUCGCCGUAAGCGCCGCCCAUUGCUUCCCCCGUCCUGGCGCCUACUCGAUCAAAGCCGGUAUCAGCUCGCUCAACGAAACUGGCGAAACAAUUCACGUGGAUCGUGCCCAAAUCCACCCCAAAUACGAUUCAAACGGAGUCGACUACGACAUCGCCUUGGCCUUCCUCCGCUGCUCUCUUCACUACACCCCUAAAAUCCGCCCUGUUGCUUUGCCACGCCCCGAUCAACCGCUCCGCGUCGGAAUGGUGGGGAUUGUGAGUGGGUGGGGGGUGAUGUUCUCCAAUGACGAUAAGAGUUUCUCGAAUGUGCUGCGAGGGGUGGAAACGCCGGUGUGGGAUUGGCAGACGUGCAAGAGGGUGUAUCCGGGGGAUGUGACACCGAGGAUGUUCUGUGCUGGGUAUUUGCAAGGGGGGAAAGAUGCGUGUCAGGGGGAUUCAGGGGGGCCGUUUGUCGUCGAGGGGGUUCUGUACGGGAUUGUGUCGGCGGGGAUGGACUGCGCACAGCCGGGGUUCCCCGGGAUUUACACCAAUGUGUACGAAUUAAGGGCGUUCGUAAAGGAAUACGGCAAUGUUUGAAUAAUAAAUUAAAUAAUUACGCAACUUGUUUCAAUAAUUUUUUUAUAUUUAUCUAAACUUUUAGCUAUUUUUAGCUCUUUUGACAAAAAUAUGUUGAUUUAACUAAGUUUCUGCUCCGAAAACGUGCUAAACAGGCCGAAAAUGUUUAAAAUAAAGUAAUUUAAAGCUCGUCUCGACAAAAAUAUCUUCCUGUAACUGAGUAUCUGGCUUUCAAAAAAUGUUAAUCAUUGAACAAAUGGUUAAAAUAAAGCAAUUUACAUCCAAAACGACAAUUUCUUAAUUUAUGUACCUAGCCCUAGGUGUAAUUGUUUUAGAUUUAAGGACGUAUUAGAUAAAGGUUGACUGAGAGUAAUCCGGAGCUUGUUCAACAAAAAAUGCCGGUUUAAAAGCCGCUUUUACAAACGUUGGAUAACUUUAGAAAAAAAGAAAAAAAAAAUUUUAGAAAAUACAUUAUUGUAACAAUUGUAACUACAGUAAUUAUACCAUCUGGAGUUUAUCUGACGAUUGUAACAUCCACCCUAAGUGGUUUUUUACACACAAACGUGCUAAAUCUGUCGGAAAUAUUGUGAAAUUAUUUAAUUUAUAAUCGGCUCCAAAAAAAUGUGCAUGUAAAUAACCAAAUGGCUUAAAUAAAAUGUGUUAUUUUAUUCUAAUUGACAUAUUUUUUCGAAAAAAAUCGUCGACUUGCUCGUUUUUGGGACAAAAACAGCAAGAACUGUUAAAAACAAAGUAAUCCAGGGUGUGUUUUAGCAAAAAAUGUCGAUUUAACUGACUUGGAAAUUGUUGGAAAAUGAGUAAAAUAUUUUAAUUAAGAGCUAAAACAACGAUUUGUCAGUUUUUAUUCCGAAUAAAUAAUGUUUCUGACCAAAAAACGUGCUGAAUCGGUCAGAAUUCAGAAAUGUCGCGAAAAUGUCGAAAACAGUAAUCCAGAGCUUUUAUUUCAACAAAUUUUUUUAUGGAUUUAAAAUAACUAACUAACUCGUAUUAACGCCCAAAACUGCGAAUUUUAAUUUUUUCGCAAAAAUAUUAAAAAACCUGUUAAAUCGCAAAAAAAAAUUGUUAAAAUUCGACAAUUUGAAGCCAAAACGAGUUUAAUUCUCAAUUUUGUCAACCAAAAUUACGUCGAUUUAUUCGUUUCUGACAGAAAAUGGCUAGGAUUGUAUUUAAAACAGGUAACACAUCCUUUUAAUGUCGUUAAGACAUUAAAACGUGCAAUUCAUAGCUAAAAAGAUACGACUUUUUAAUUUUUUUGCUCAAAAAUCCAUAUCUCCAUUUGGUACUAAAGAUUUUGACUGCUUUGGGAAAUAGAACAAUUAAGCGCUAAACAAUUUGUUAGUUUAUUAAGAAAAAUAUACGUUUCUGACAAAAAAAAGUGUCAAAAUGGUCAGAAAUGUCGAAAAUAGAAUAACCCAACAAUAAAUACAUAUAUCUUAGUGAGUUGUUAACUAAGCUUCUGAAUAAAAAAAUGGCUUGAAAAUGGACAAAAUAAAGUAAAAUUCAUUGCCAAAACUAGGAUUUUCUGAUAUAAAAUAGUAUUAAAAUGCUCAGAAGUAGUUAAACUAGAACAAUUCAGAGACAAAACGACAAUCUUCGUUUAUUUUGAAGAAAGUAAUGUUGAUUUUAUUGAUUCAAUCCAAAAAAAUGUGCUAAAUCGGUUAGAAAUGUCAAAAAUGGAGGUUGUUGCAACAAAUAAUGACGAUUUAACAAUGUUUAUGGGUCAAAAACAUGUUGAAACCCUCGAAAUGGCUGAAAUGUUGCAACUCAAACGAAAAGUAACAUCAUUUUUACCACAUUUCUGCCUUAAAAUAUUUAAAAAUUUUCGAAAAUGGCUAAAAUAAACCAACUCACACCCAAAAGAUCCGAUUUCUAUUUUGUUUCGUUAAAAAUAAUGUACCUAAUUCAAAAAAUCAACUUGAUUGGUCGAAAAUCAAGGACAAAAAAGAGAAAUUUAUGGUCAAAUGACGAUUUUUUUUAAAUAAAAAUAUAACAAUUUAAUCGAGUUUAAGUCGAGUUUUUAAUUUAAAAACGUGUGAAGUCAAUGAUAUUCAGACAAAAGUAGUGCCAAGUUUAAUUGUUUUCGACAAAGUACGUCGUUUUUACCACGUUUCUACCUUUAAAAAAAUGUGAAAGGUCUCGGAAAUGGCUGAAAUAAGUAAAGUACUCGUAGUUCAGAUCAUAUAACACCACAAUUUCGUCAAAAUAGUUCGAUUUAACAAAGUUUUUGGCUUCUACAGUAAAGAAUUCAGACCCAAAACGACAAAUUUUUAGCUUGUUUUGACAAAAACAGUUUCGUUGAACCAAGUUUUUGACCCAAAAAUCAAAAAACGUCUAUUUUAUUUUAAAUUUUUAGUGUUUUUAGUUAACAAUUGUUAGUUUGUACAGUUUUUGCACAUUGGAGUGUGGCUUAAACCACCAAAACGUACAAAAAUAAAAAAAAAUUAGUAUUAUCCACUGAAAAUAAACAAGUCGUAAUUUAAGAAAAAUGGUGGAUGCGCCGGGAAAAUAUAAAUUAAUAGUUGGUUAAAACAUUACACUGGACAAUGUUUUUUUACAUUUAAAGCAGGUUUUUAGUGCAAAAUUCUAAAGUCUAACAAAUUUCCAGAUUCUCCAAAAUCGAGACACACUUAUGUAUAUUUCGUAAAAAUAUUCAAAGUUUUUAAAUAAAGAAAGCUUUAAAAAAGUAUA